AUGUUCAGUCCAGAUAGCACUACUUCCCACACUACCGACUGUAGCAUCCCCUCUUCUUCCACCACCACCUGUUCCAGCCAGCAGCCAGCCUCAUCCGGCAGCUUCCUCUAUCAACCGUCUCCCGCUGGAGAGACACCAACAUCCUUAUCGCGAGCGCGUCGCCAUAAUCGAGUCGCUACCGACGACAGCCGUUCCCCCCUUCCAGCGGACACGACAGACACGCUUGGUACAGCCGGCUUUGACAGUCUGCACGAGCUCCUCGAGAGAGCGGGCUACAAGGAGACGCGCAUCGUCACUCCUGAUCGUCAUACCCUAGCAGACAUGUUUGCCAGGAAGCACGACUCUCCACCCAAGGAAACACCACCCAAGAAGCGAAUGGUCGAUGACUUCUCCUCAGACUCGCCCUCGCUUGCCGCCGACGAAUUGAGGCGGGCGAUGCAGAAGAGCGCAGCCGGCCGUUGGACACCAAAGUCAGCCACGAGCAAGAGCUUGCCAUCGCGCAACUACAAGCUACCGGCGAAGGAUGAAUCGUCCGUCCCACCUUUGCCGGAUGCACCCACACCAUCCUCGAGCUGGUUCUCCAACAUCUGGUUCUUUGGGCCCGGUACCGUGCCCAGUGAUCCGACGCACUCUGCUGGCGCAUCUGUACCGUCAGAGGCAUCCGAGCAGCAACCCGCAGAGCAACAGGUCGCGUCAUCAUCGUCAACACCAGCAUCCGUAUCCGCGUCAGCAUCAACCUCAAGAUCUACAUCAGCUUCCACUUCCGCAUCUGCAUCUGCAUCCACUUCGUCCACACGUCCAGCACCACCACCAGCCAAGCGAACAACAUCCAACAACGCAGUCUGGACGGCAAGCGUGGCGUACCGAUCCGCAAAGUCUCGCACCGCUCCUGUUCGCAAAGGCGCCGCGAUCUCUUCCAACGUACUGGAAAGCGACGCAGCGGCAGAAGAGGCAUGGAAGGCGUUACAGAACGGACCCUCCAACGGCGGCUCCAAGAGGCGACCUGGUCUGGUGGACGCCUUUUCCAGUCCCACCAAGAAGGCCACGACUAGCAAGGCUGUCAGCAGCAAGGACAGUCCGAGUCGGCAGCGCAAAUGGAGACAGGAGAGGGCUGCGUGGAGGGAAUCGCUCGGCGAUUUGCAAGCUAUGAUGGAUCAAUCUCGGAUGCGACGCGAGGCAGCAGCUGCAGCUGUAGCUGCGGCGGCGGAGACAGCGACUGUAGAAGAAGGUGUCGGUGCUGUUGCUGCUGAGAUCACAGGCGACAACGCUUCGUCCCCCACCACAUCACACGAUGCGGAAGCAUCGCCUGCAACAACGAAGACGGACGACGACCUGGCGAUUGCCAAACUGCUCUCCGGUCCAGCCCUGCCUUUCCUGUCCACCGACCCGGCCGUCGCCCCUCGCAACGGAUCCGCCACCCAACCAACCCACCUCAGCAUGCGGCGCAUGAAGAGCGUCGAAGUGCUCUCCAAGAUCAUUCGCGAGCGUCGCACCGUCGCCCCCUCCACCUCUUCCGUCCUGAUCGACACGGACUCUGGCACGAUCAGUCCGACGCACAGCCGCCGCUCGACCCCGCCCCGACUCACCGUCUCGUCCCCGCGUGGCAUCUCUUCGCCGAAAGAGCUCGCGCUGGAGGGCGUGGAAUUCGAGCCGACCUCGUGGUCUCCCGGUCGUGGUGGGGUGAUGAUCUCCAAUCGCAAAGUGGCCAAGAAGCCGCGGUCGAAGCUGCGUCAUGUGUCAUCGGGAUCCGACCUGCGGUCUGUCGCCGCCGCGGAUGCGCUCAAAAUGCCUCGUCGGGGGCGACCGAAGAGCCGGGCGCCGGAGGGAGAGCGUGGACCUGUUGCAGCGCUCAUUCGCGAUUCCGUCGGGACGCUUUCGCGUUCCUCCAAACCGCGUGCGUUGCGAAACGACAUGUACGUCUACGACGAGAACAAGGACGAGAGUGGUCAAGUGGACGACUCGCCGACGCGAAGCAAGUCUCGUCGACCGCAACGGGCCGUAUUGGCGCUAAGCGGGGCGCAGAAUCGAGCACAGACGGAAGAGGAGGAGGAUGUCUUUCGACCAACGCUCAAGAAGAAGGAUUUCGCGGCACGCAUUACGCGCACGAGCAAGAUCAUGCGGCUCAUCGAGGAGGCCGAGAACGUGCCGGUUGCCACUGAGGAGGGCGGGGAAUUGAGCGGUUCGCUCAGCAGAAGAAGCAGAGAGAGGAUGCAUACCAUCACCAGGGUGCUCGGGCAGAAGCAACCCUGA